AUGUCCCUAAUCUCCAAGAGCCCAAUAUAUUUUGGGUCUUUCCUAGUAACAUCGCAGGCAAGCAUCCAUACCCUUUCAUACAAUCCCACCCCCUCUGCUGACAUCAACAACCAGGUCUUCUACAUAACCCCACUCUCCUUCGCCCUCGUCAACCUGAAACCCCUCCUACCAGGGCACGUCCUUGUCUGUCCCCUCCGCCGCGUUCCGCGCGUCGCCGACCUCUCCCCCAGCGAAACAACCGACCUUUUCCUAACCGUCCGACGCGUGAGCCGCAUGAUCGAACGCGUCUACCGUGGCACAAGCCUAAAUAUAGCUAUACAGGACGGUCCGGAGGCGGGGCAGACGGUGCCACACGUACAUGCGCAUAUAAUACCACGGCGGAAGGCGGAUUUGGACCAGCGGGGUGGUUCAGAUGCUAUUUAUGAGAUGAUGGAGGGGCAGGAGGGGAAUAUUGCGAGGCAUUUAGGGGAGAUGGUGGAGGAGAAGAGGCAGAGGGAGAAAGAGAGAUCUAGAUUUCCAAGAGCAGAUAAUGAGGGGAGGGAGCCGAGGUCGGAGGAGGAGAUGAUGGAGGAGGCUUUUGCAUUGGCGAAGGAGAUGGAGCAGGAAACUGUGGAUUGA